AGGGUUUAGGGUUUCUUCGUCCCAUUUUCAUGAAUCUUAACAAAUAACAACUAAACGAUCCUAAUGAUUUUCGCAUGAACAUUUUGUACUUUAGUUUGGCUUUCUCCAAUCCUACCCCAACUUUCAGGUUCUAGGGUUUAAUGGCCGGGUCAUCCCGUUCGCCGGCGACGUCGAUAACCGACCUGAACGAAGACACCGUGGCUCACUGGGCCGGCCACCUGAGCCUCCGCGACGUUUGCAAUUUGGCCAUGACAUCCUCCGCUCUCAAACGCCUCGCCUAUUCCGAUUCCAUUUGGCAACGCUUCUUCAGGGAGCAGUGGCGUCAACACUUACCUUCGCAUUCGCGUGGAAUCGGAGCGAGGGAACUGUAUUUGGCCAGACACGCCGCGGUGCGACAGUUCAAGUUUCUCGAUCCCUUCGUUCUCCAGUUUCGCGAACAGGCCAAGCCUUUCAACCAGUUGCUCCUCCGCAAAAGUCACCUUGUCUGGUCACAGGGAUCACUCCUGAACAUUUUAGAUUUGGAUGGCUAUCUAAAGGCAAGACCAGAUAUUUUCCAUACGCUAAGUGAUCAUAAAGCAAGAAUCACCUGUAUGAGGUUGUUUCCCCUUAAUGAAGUGACUUCAUUAUUUCGAGGUGAAAUGCAAGGGGAGCAAAAUGUUUUAGUUACCUCCAGCUGUGAUCACUCCAUUCGUCUGUGGUGGAAGGGUUCAAGCAUGCGAUGCUUUAGAGGUCACAAUGGUCCUGUGUUGUCGCUGUCAAAUAAAUUAUUGGGAGAGGAUAGUAGCAAAGUAUUGGCAAGUGGAGGAGAAGAUGGUACUAUUCGACUAUGGUCCCUUGGCUCAAGUGGAAAACGAGGACAACGUGCUUUGAAGGCUACACUCUAUGGGCAUGAAAAACCUGUAAAUUUGAUGUCUGUUGCCGGGCAUAAAACUUCGCUUUUGGUGACCAUCUCAAGAGAUUCUAAGGUGAAGGUUUGGGAUACUGGCACUGCCACAUCAUCUUCUGUUCGUACCUCCUGUUGUGUUGGGAUGACUUCUGUUGCUGGUACACCUGUAAACAUGAAAUGCCAUGAAACACUAUUGUAUGUGGCAGCUGGUUCCUCUGUCACUGCAGUUGAUUUAAGGACAAUGCAGAAAGUUAUCACCGCAGCUGUACAUCAACCAAAGAUGUGUUCAUUUGAUGCUUUCCUUUCAAAAUAUUUAAUAUGCACAGGCGGUGAUGGCAGGGCAAUGCUUUGGGAUAUUAGGAGAAAUCAAGAAUCAUUAAAACCAGAACCGAUAGCUGAGUUGGAUGGACAUUAUGGGCAAGUAACUUCACUUUACAUGGAUCAAUACAAAAUAGUUACUGGGGGCCCUGACGAUGCUUACGUGAAUGUAUGGGAAGUUGACACUGGUGUACAAACAAAUUCCUUGCUUUGCUCUUCAACUGCGAAAGAUGGUACUGAAUCUGGCUGUGGUGCCAUGGCCGUGGAUGGGUGUAGAAUUGCUACUGCUAGCUCUUGUGAAAAUUGGGGUUUGGUGCACUUUAGGGACUUCAACAAUGCUACAAAUCCUGUUAGGAAACCAGAAAGUGAACCGUCAUCAAAAUUUUGGGAUUCUAUAUCUGUCUCUGAUGAUGACAGUGAUGACUGAUAAUCUAGGCGGCUCCUAAAAUUGGAUACAAUUUUUUUAUUUUUCAGUUGGUUAGAAAUGGAAUAAUUAUAUAUAUAUUUAGGUUGAGAAAUGAGGCAGGUAAAGUUGAGAUUUCAAUCCAUCUAUGCGACACAUCAUCGAAUUAUAUCUUUAUUCUAAUUAAACCA